AACGAGGAAAUAUCUUAAACUUCCAGUUGAAGACUCCUCCCCUGACCUUCUUGCAUUUAUAACCUGAAAACACGUAAGUACACCGCGCAUCUACCCGACAAAUUGGCCGUGCCCUGUGUUGUGAGUGAACCGAAUCUAGAAAAGUAUUUGUCACUUAAAACAUUGCCCAAAAGUAACACUUUAAUCUUGAAAUAAUUUCAUUAAUAAAAUUUGAAAAAAAGACAGUUUUCUUUUUAAUUUUAACUCAGAUAAAAUGUUUAUUUGAAUAAACAAAAUGAAAAACUCUACCUUCGCUGAUAAGAAUAACUUCAAUAAGACUAAGGGAUUGGACAAGCUGAACUUGAAGGAAAUAGAGCCUGAGGAAUCCAUAGCAGAGAUGGCCCUACCAUGGCAAGAAGCAUCAAGUCUGAUGAUUGUAUCCAAAGCACCACUUGGAGAAGUUGUUGGAAAACGACUUGAUAGUAUUGUAGGAGCUGCUGUGGGUAUUCCAAGCACUGCUAAAUCACAAACAAAUGACUGUGGUUAUAAACUUUUAAUGGUGAAACGAAGUGGACGAAGUUCUUAUAUGGCUAAUGCUUUUGUUUUUCCUGGUGGUAUCAUUGAACCUUCAGAUUUUUCUUCUCAAUGGUGGAAAGCAUUUGAAAAAGUUGGUGCUAGUCGUGAAUCACUGAUUAGUCAACUGUGUGAAGUCAAGGGUCCACGCCCACCCAUGAUUAAAGCACCUAAUACAGUUGAAAGAUUUGGACUUGACAGAGAUCACUGUCUUCCAGCUGAUAUAGCAUUUCGUAUUGCAGCUAUUCGGGAAACAUUUGAAGAAACUGGCAUUCUUUUAGUAACUGCUGUGGCUAAAACACAGCCAACUUCUGCUUCCUUUGUGAAACAAGACAGUUUGCAUUUAAACCUUAGCCAGUGGCGUAAAAUGUUGCGUAAAGAUCCAAAGAACUUUGUACAGUUAUGUUUGGAGUCGAAAGUUUGUCCAGAUGUAUGGGGACUUUAUGAAUGGUGGGAUUGGCUGACUCCCACAUCUGUAGGUCAUCGACGCUACGACACCAUGUUUUAUCUCUGUUGUUUGGAUAAACAACCUAGUGAUGUAGUUUUGAAUCGAAGUGAAGUAAUCACACUAAAGUGGGGUACUCCGCUAAGCUUUCUGGAUGAUUUCAGUUGCAGCAAAAUAUUUCUGGCUCCUCCUCAAGUGUACGAGUUGUCUCGGUUGAUGAAUCUUAUGACUUACCAGGAUCUAUUUAAAUUUGCUUCAGAAAGACGGGAUAAAGGAGUGGAAAGAUGGAUGCCUGUUCUCUGUACUACUGCUGAUCCUGAUGGAGGGAUGUUAUCUUUGAUGCCAGGUGAUGACAUGUAUCCUCAAGAACCAGACCUUCAUGGUAAUGGCUCUUCUAAAGACCUGUCUGCUACACUGAGUGAACUAAAAACUCAAGUUAAAAAUCAGCAUCAUGUGGAACUGCAAGGAAUGCUGAGUAGAGUAUUCUGUAACAUUAAGCCCCCUUGUGGCCAAUUGCAACCUCUUACCUACAGAAAUCCUAAACCUGCCGUCCAGUCCUAUUUGUAGUGAACGUUUGGUACUAUAAUAGGGAAAUAAUUAUAUUAGCUUUAGGUUGCUUGUGGCUGAACACACUGUAAAGCUUAUGAUUUUUGGUUAUUUGUUUAGUAUAAAAAAGAUACACAAAACAAAAUAAAAAAAACUUGGCACAUGGUAUUUUAGUUCAUUGGCAGUUCCAGCUGUUGAAGAAAAUCUGUUUCUUUUUUCAAAACGAAUAAGCAAUUUUGUAUUUUAUUAUAUUUUCCACAAUACAAAUAACAAGUAUUUUGGCUACACAGUUUAUUGAAAUAUAACAUAUCUGUUAUGUAUAUACUAACUGUUUUCAUAAACAUUUUUCAUAAAAUGAAGCCACAUGUUUUACAGAGUGUGGUUUAUAGUUUAUUAAGAACAUUACAAGCUAAUAUUUUUACUAAUUGUUUUGUCCACAUUUAUAGUUUAGUCUUUUGAAAAUAUUUUUGUAUAACAUAGAAGCCUACAAAAAACAUGUUGAAAUAAAAAAAAAUUAUACAAAGAAUUAUUUUUCUCUGCUCAGUGAAAAGGGUACAACCUCCAUUUUGGAAUUUGUAGAUCUUAAAAUCUUUGUGGUAGAAUCCAUGACAAAUUAAACUAAAGCUGAAAUGUUAGAUGAAAGAGUGUUUAAUGUGAUUCAAUAAUUACUGAAAUGUGUUUUUCCCACAUAUAAGGCCAAGAAAAAGAGUAUCAUUGUUUCUGAUUACCCAACCUUCCGUAUGUUUGAAAGAGCCCAACUCUAGCAGUGUUUAUGAUAUAACUAAGAAAUUGCACAAUUUAUCUGCCAUGCUGAGUUCUUCAGAAAAAUAUGAAUAUUUUUUUUACCCAGCAUGUCUUCUUUUUGAGAAUUCUGAACUGGAAAUAUUUUUCUGAUAUCAGUUUUAAACAAGAAUAUGUUGGUGCUUCUGAGCAUGGGUAAGCAUCUUAUGAAUAUUGUGAACACAUCAGAAUUGUUGUAUAAACAGACAAAAUUUCCUACUUCUAUGUAGUAAAUGAAUAUUUAGGAACACCUAUAUUUAGGGCAGGUGGUUAGGGUGCUCGAUUCGUAAUCUGCGGGUCGUGCAUUCAAAUCCCCGUUACACCAAACAUGCUCGCCCUUUCAGCC